AUGGAAGAAGAAUCGCACGACGCUAUGACGGCAUUAAAAAGCGAAUUGGCGGCUUUGCAAUAUAAAAGAGAUAAAUUAUUAUCGGAAUUGAACGACAUGAGAGUACAAAUUCGAAAUCGGGAUCAAAAAACUAUGGAAUUACAAACGGAAUUGGAAAAUUUAAAAGAACAGGGAGCGAGGCAAAAUGCAAUAAUAACAUCAUUGAAAAAAAGAAUUCAAGAACUGGAAGAAAAAGAAAGAAAUCUUUCAAUCGCUCAAGGAAGAGCCGAUGCUGCAUUGCAAACUCUCCAAAGAGAAAAUAAAUAUUUGGAGGAAAAGAAUAAAGACUACGGGAGAAAAAUCAGAGCGCUGGAAAUGGAAUGUCACGCGGAAGAACAAUCGAAAUUAGCCUCCAGAGAAUCCAUGAAUGAUUUUUUAAGAAAAAUAUCCAGCGCUUUAGGCACUCCGGAAACAAUAGACGUUCAUACGUCUCAAGAUUGUUUGGUACAUAAAGCGGCAGAUCUCGUUUCGGAAACUUCAAGACUUCGUUCCAGAGCUCAUUCAUUGGCGGAAAAUUUACAUUCGAUAGAAAUGGAAUUGAAAAAUUGUCGCGAAGCACUGGACAAAGCAUUGGCGGAAAAGGAAAGCUUUCAAAAACAAGCCGCUUAUCAUUUUAUAGAAAUCGAUAAACUCAGAAAGGAAAAGGAAGAAUUGGACAUACAGCAAAAAUUAGCAGAAAGAGAAAUUUGCGAACUUAGGGAUAAAUUAGCUCAUGCAAAUAAAGAUUUGGGUUGUGCGAGCGUUAAUAAUGCGGCACAAGAAGCGACAAUCAAUCAAUUAAAAGAUGAAACGAAAUGCAAAGAUGAAAAAAUUUAUCGUCUGCAAAAUGAUUAUAGACUUUUAAUAGAAUCCAUAGCCAUAACGAUAAGUUCGCCGACAAGAUUUGUAAGUUCGACGGAAGAAGAUGUUAAAAAUGGCGUCAAAGAAAUAGUACAAGAAUGUAAAGAAAAAACACUCCAAAACGAAAGUUUAAAAGAUAAGCUAAACAGAAUAUCGACUCAAUUAAAUCGACAAACGGAAAUGGAUGAAGAAGCCAAUCAUAAAAAUAGAAUACUACAAGACGAAAAUGAAGUUUUAAAAACGAGAAUAACUAAAUUGCAAGAAGAAUUACAUAAUUCAAACGUAACUUUGGAAUCAUUAAAAUCCGAUAAAUCCACCUUCGUUAAUUUCGUCGAAAGAUUAAAUCGAGCUUUAAACAUGGACGAAGUUGUCAAAGAUGUCGAACCUGAUUUAGUCAUCGAAUCUCUUAUACUUCGAGCGGAAAAACUUUCGAGAUUGGAAACGAGUAAAAUCGUCGAUAAGUUGGUUUGUCAUCAGUCUGCCUGCUGUCUGAGAUGUCCUAAAAUAAAAAGAGAAAAAUCAUUUCCCGAUUUGUGUGUGAGAGAGGAAGAAAAUUUCAAAACGAAAAAUUUAAUGGCGGUAGAAAGAGAUGAAGCAACAUUAAAAUGUAAAAAAUUAAUGAAACAAAUAGAAAAAUUACAAAAUCAAUUAUCGGAUAGUAGAACUUUAAGUCAAGAUAUAAAAAAUCAAUUGGCAGAAGCUGGAGAUAUUAAAAUAACCGCUUUGGAAAGAGGAAGAAAAAUUGAUGAAUUACAAAAAAGGCUCAUUGAAUCCGAAGGGAUUAUAAAUAGAUGUAAUAAAAAGAUAGCGAUGCUUAAAGAAGAAUUAAGAAAUCUUGGACAAAAUGCAGAUCAGGAAAGAUCAUUAACUGAACAUUCUCUACAAAUUUUAAGGGAUGAUUUGGCAAAUGCAAAAUUAUCAUUGGCAGAAUGUAACAGAAGAGAAAAUAUGCUUCAUAACUUCAGAUCGUCUGCUUGUAAAGCUUUGGGUUUGUUACCAUCAUCAACCGAUUACGAAUUGAUAACAAAAUUGGAAAAAUUAGUUGCUGCUCAUAGAGAUUUUACUUUAUUAUCUAAAAGGUAUGAGGAUCCUACGACAGCGACAGCGACAUGUACCGAUUCUGCAACUCCGAUCCGUACGCCAAAGUAUGAAGAUUCCGGUUUUUUAGAUCAACACGAUUUAUCACCGCUGGAAGAUAAUAACGAUUGUGAUAUUUAUCAUCACAAACACGUUCGUAGAAAUUGA